CACACUAAAAAAGCUACUAAGAGGAAGAACACGAUAAGAGGAAAAUUAUAAGUUUCAUUAGCCAUCUGCAAAGAAUUACCGAACACCUUAUGAACGCACUGUGUGCGCACAUCUGCAGUUUACAGUGUUAAACAAUCAAAUAAUGGCUGACGACAAUAGCUACGACUCCAGCAACAACAGCGAGACCGAGGAGCGUCGGACCAAGCACAAAAAAGCUAAAAAGCACAAAAAACAUAAAAAAUCCUCGACUGGCAAGACCGAAAAGGACAGGCAUGUCCACAAGAAGCAGAAGAAAGCAAAAAAACGACCCCACAGAACUAGCGAAUCCACAAACGAGUCUGACGCCCCGGAAAAUGCAAAGUUAAAACUAUCACAAAAUUGCGGACUGAGCAGCAAGUUCACAGAAAUCAUGCAGAAGGCCAGCCGGAACGGAGCCGAUUUCCGUGUCGGCAAACCCCUACUUCCGACGGAUCCGAGCAGCCUUGUUGAAGAAAUCACCAAAACUAUUCAGAAUAAGAUGCUGCCCGUCCUGGAGGUGGCCAGUUCUAGCAGCGAAAGCGAUGUGCCCGCCGAUGCAGCCAGUCCUAUUAUUUUGUCUAUUAUUGAAGACGAGCUUAAUUUGGAGGAAUUGAUGCGUCAGAAGGCCCUUCUGCAGGCGCGCCUGGGCGCCUAUAUGUCGGAUCCAGAGGCGGAGGAUAAAGGCGAUCUCCUCCCAGACACACACUCGCAGCAGCUGGUUGUCCACACCAAAUCAGUGCUCAAAGCUGUCACAUCCGUACCGCAGCCCCAACCCAGCAAGUCUGCAGCGCCGUUGGCUACUGCAACCAGUAAACAUGCUAAUAUUAAAAAGUCUACCACGCAUAACUCAAAUGAAUCCGAUGUUAUAUUGUUGGAUGAUUCUAGCGGAGGCCAGCGAACCCCCUCGCCUACGCCCGAGAAACGAAGGCGCCACGCAUCUCCGCUCCCAGCAGCUCCGAGAAGCCGUUGCCGUAGGGAUCGUCGUUCGAGGGAUCGCGACCAUUCACCCCCACGUCGCCGAGCAUCAGAUCAGCAGACGCAGGUCCGACCGCGGAGCCGCAACCGCAACAUGGAGGACCUACGACAGGAAAUAAACCGCGACAAGCAAAGGGAAAGACGAGACCAUAGCCGAGACCGGGAUCGGCGAGGAUUGGAUAGGCCGCCGCCACCCACUGAUAUGAGACCAGGUCGUGCACGGGAGCGAGACGUUCGGCCGAGUCGUAUGCAGCGGUCGCACAGCCGCAGUAAGUUUGAGUCAGACAGGCGACGAGAGCGGGAGCGGCAAAAGGACCGGGAUCGUGGUGGCGGGCGCGGAGGAGCCCGCAGCGGGACAGACAACGGGGAUAGAGAUCGGUACAAGGGUUCGCUGAGCGAGGGGCAAAAUAAGCUAGACAAGGAGAGCAGUGAUGAGGAGGUGAACGUAAACAUUGACAUUUUGGAGGAAGACGAUGACGAAGAACGUAUCAUUGAGUUACGUAGAAAGAAGCGCGAGGAGCUACUCAAGAAGCUGGGAACUGGGCAAGAAUCGCCAGCUCCUCAUAACUCGGUCUCGUACGAGUCUCGAAGUACUUCACAAGGGUCAUCCCAACGCGAAAGACCUUUAAGAACGCCGUCGCCCACGUUGCCUUGCCCGAAUCCCCUUAUCUCGGAAAUGCCAAAGGAACACGAAGAUAUGGAUAACUCGACUAGCCAAAAGAAUUGCUCCGCAAAGGAAAAACGAAACGAGUGGGAUAUGUUCGCCGACCAAGACGUGGAUUCCAAUUUCGAUUCACCCAACACAAUAGUCCAAAAUAAGCAUCAACACGAAAAUCCCGCUCUCACAGACAACUGGGACGACGCUGAAGGUUAUUACCGAGUUCGUAUCGGUGAAGUUUUGGACAAUCGAUACCUAGUGAAUGGAUACACAGGCCAGGGUGUCUUCAGCAACGUAGUGCGUGGCAGAGACCAAGCUCGUGGGCAAGCUAAUGUAGCCAUUAAGAUCAUACGAAACAACGAAAUAAUGCACAAAACUGGCUUGCGGGAACUAGAAAUAUUAAAAAAGCUGAACGACGCCGAUCCAGAGGAUCGUUUCCACUGCCUUCGACUGUAUCGUCACUUCUUUCACAAGCAGCAUCUUUGUAUGGUGUUUGAGCCAUUAGCAAUGAAUUUGCGGGAAGUACUUAAAAAGUAUGGCAAGAAUGUGGGACUCCACAUCAAAGCAGUGCGUAGCUACACGCAGCAGCUAUUCUUAGCACUCAAAUUGUUAAAAAAGACGGGUAUUUUGCAUGCUGACAUUAAGCCGGAUAACAUUUUGGUAAACGAAAAUAAUCUGAUACUUAAAUUGUGUGAUUUUGGUUCUGCCUCGGCAAUCAGCGACAACGAAAUAACACCGUACUUGGUAUCGCGGUUCUACCGCUCACCAGAGAUCAUUUUGGGUAUUCCCUAUGACUACGGAAUCGACACCUGGUCUGCUGGCUGCACAAUUUAUGAGUUAUACACAGGAAAGAUUCUGUUUAGCGGGAAGAGUAACAAUCAGAUGCUAAAGUUUUUCAUGGACGUAAAAGGAAAGAUACCAAACCGAAUUAUCAGAAAAGGCCAAUUUAGAGAACAGCAUUUUGACCAAAGCUGCAACUUUCUCUACCAUGAAAUAGAUAAGCUCACUGAGAGGGAAAAAAUUGUUGUAAUGCCUGUAGUCAAACCUUCGCGUAGCCUGCAGCAGGAACUAAUUGCUGACCAAAACUUGCCAGACGAUCAACAUCGCAAGGUCACCCAGCUCAAGGAUCUUCUAGAGAACAUGUUUGCCUUGGAUCCGGCUAAACGGAUCUCCCUUAACCAGGCACUAGUUCAUCCAUUCAUACAGGAGAAGAUGUAAAUCGACCGACGAAGGCAAUGAAACGUAAUUUAAUUUGGCAUAGUCCUAAGACAACAAUUCCCCCAACUCAGCCGUUAGCUACUAGUUAUCGUUUGUUAUUUUAGAUACAUCUGCUCAACCAAAAAUCACUAGAUCAUUACAUCUACACAAUCGAUCUAAAUAUGUUCUGUGGUUUUAAGCUCUACGGCGCGUUUUGAGAACCGAAUUAUACAAAAUAUUGGUAUUCAAUUAA